AUCUUUCAUGGAGGAAGAAUUGCCCACAAGAUGGGAGAUUGAGCUAGAGUUUGUUCAAUCAUUGGGCAAUAUACAAUACUUGAACUAUUUGGCGCAAAAUGACUAUCUUACGAACGAAUGUUUUCUAAAUUAUUUGAAUUACUUAAAUUAUUGGAAAGAACCCCGGUACUCGAAAUAUCUUGUUUAUCCUAACUGUCUACAUAUAUUAACAUUGCUACAAAGCGAGGAGUUCAGACGAAGCAUAGUUAAUCCAGAUUUCAUGAACUCUCUUAUGAACGAUAUGGUCAAAAGAUGGCAAAGCCCAGACGACAUAUUUUCCAGUGGGUCCCCAAACACAACUCCGAAUAAUCAGCAGCAAUCACAGCAUGAUCAGCAGCAGCAGAAGGACCAAGGGCUUGCAACAAAUGGCAUAGAGGUAAGGGUAGAUGAUGUCGACCCAAAGGGAUCUGACCCAUCACCAGACAUAAAAAUGGAGAAACCUGAAACACACGAACCAGAAGUAAAACUUGAUGAUAAGAACUCUUUCAAGCCACCCGAGACAGUCAAAAUCGAAGAAAGUGCCGUAGAAACUAACAACGGUACGGCUGCUGAAGAUCCCCAGUCAGCGGAGGGUGGAAAUCCUUCCGAUGCAAUCGAAAUUGACGGUUAGCGAAAUCCAAUUUAAUGAAUAUACGAUUG